AUAAUAAACCGUCCUCCUGCAUAUGGCUAACCUGCGCCUCGUCGGAAUGUCACUCGAAACCUAGACACGCCUAAUCUCUCUCUCUCUCUCUCUCUCUCUCUCUCUCUCUCUUCUUCUUGCUGGCGCUCUCGUCUCGCUCGCUCGCGAAGGCGAAUUCAACUCACCGAUUCAUGAAGUUACAGGUUCUACCGCAGAAUGUUUUCGUAAUUUACGUUCGCAGUCUCCUGCCAUUUCAUUACUUCUUGAGCUUCGUGUAGUUUGUACGGGAAUUAGUUGCGGAGAGGUCGUUGAUUGGUGCUGAAAUACUCGGUUAGGGUUCUGAUUCUGCUGCUGGCGUUUACGGCUUUCGUGUGACGUUGUUACCUAAUUCGAGCGUCGCACGAUGUCAGCCGGUAUGUUCUUAUAGCGGUUUUUUUUUUUUUCCGUUGAUCCGUCAUGGGUAAUGUGGAAAUCCCCAAUUGGCUCAAGGGUUUGCCGUUGGCGCCCACGUUUAGGCCGACGGACACUGAGUUCGCGGAUCCUAUUGCUUAUAUAUCUAAAAUCGAGAAGGAAGCUUGUGCUUUCGGGAUAUGCAAAAUUAUUCCGCCCUUGCCCAGACCAUCUAAGAAGUAUGUUUUCGGGAACUUGAACAAGUCAUUGCUGAGGUGCCCUGAAUUGGGGUUGGGUGUGAGUUUGCAGAAUACUUUGCGGAAACCAGGGUCCGAGGACAAUGGCGCUGACGGGGAGGCUAGGGCAGUGUUCACCACGAGGCAGCAAGAAUUAGGUCAAAGCGUGAAAAGAGCGAAAGGGGUGGGAAGUAAUGCUCACUUGGGAGUCCAGAAGCAAGUUUGGCAAAGUGGCGAGAUGUAUACUUUGGAACAGUUUGAGGCUAAGUCAAAGGCUUUUGCACGUAGCCUGUUGGGUAUGGUAAAGGAUGUUUCUCCUGAGGUUGUAGAAGCCUUGUUUUGGCAGGCAACUUUGGAGAAGCCUAUAUACGUGGAAUAUGCUAACGAUGUACCCGGGUCUGGUUUUGGAGAACAGGAUGGUAGGUUUCGCAAUUUUCAUAGACGUAGGAGGAUGAAGAUGGAUUACCAUAGGCAUAGAGAAGGAACUGAUUCCAAGAACAAUGAAGUAGAUAUUGUGAAAUAUUCUCAUCGUAGUGAAACCAAAGAUUUGUGUCAUGGGGAUGAUUCUUCAGGUCUGGAGACAUGUAAAUCAUCAACGUCUCAAUCAGGUUUAACGCCGGAAGAAACUUCACGAGCCUGUCGUAGAAGUAACUCUGGUAGCAAUGAGCUUGAAGGCACUGCAGGUUGGAAACUUUCGAACAGUCCUUGGAACUUACAAGUGAUUGCAAGGUCGUCUGGAUCACUUACACGCUUCAUGCCAGAUGAUAUUCCGGGUGUUACUUCUCCGAUGGUCUAUAUCGGUAUGCUGUUCAGCUGGUUUGCUUGGCAUGUUGAAGAUCAUGAGCUUCAUAGCAUGAAUUUCCUUCACAUGGGCUCUCCAAAGACCUGGUAUGCUGUCCCUGGAGAUUAUGCGUUUUCUUUUGAGGAAGUUCUUCGCAAGGAGGCUUAUGGAGGAAAUAUGGAUCGCUUAGCUGUUCUCUCACUUCUGGGUGAAAAGACAACUCUUCUGUCACCUGAGGUAAUUGUUGAAGCUGGCAUUCCUUGUUGCAGGUUAAUACAGAAUCCGGGUGAAUUUGUGGUGACUUUUCCAAGGGCUUAUCAUAUAGGAUUCAGCCACGGUUUUAAUUGCGGUGAAGCAGCUAAUUUUGCAACCCCUCAAUGGCUUAGAUUUGCAAAGGAAGCUGCUGUACGUAGAGCUGCGAUGAAUUAUCUGCCCAUGCUCUCUCAUCAGCAGCUGCUCUACCUGUUGACCAUGUCUUUUGUUUCAAGAGUUCCAAUGUCCUUAAUUCCUGGGGCGCGAAGUUCUCGCCUGAAAGAUCGCCUGAGAGAAGAAAGAGAGCUAUCUGUGAAAAAAGCUUUUCUGGAAGACAUUUUGAAUGAGAAUGACCUAUUAUCUUCUCUUUUUAGAAAGGAGUCUAACAUACAUGCAGUUAUAUGGAACCCUCAUAUGCUACCUUCUUUGAGCAAAGGAUCUCAGUUGCCUGAUGGAACUGCUGCCAUUUCCUCCUCAGAAAAAGAGAAUUCACACCACUAUUCUGGAAAUGAUAGUUCGAUUAAUCUUUUCAAAGAGAUGACAAUGUUCAUGGAAGCUCUGAAUGACUCAUAUGUGGACAAGGAUGAUUUAUUGUUUGAUUUUCAAGUUGAUUCCGGAACGUUGCCCUGUGUAGCUUGCGGAAUUCUUGGUUUCCCGUUUAUGUCUGUGAUACAACCAUCUGAAACGGCAUCGGCAGCAUUGCUACCCACAAAACAUUAUACUCAACAAACCUGCGAGGACCGGUCAAAUACUUCUGAUACCGCUUCACCUCCAAUGCAAUUGCAAUUAUCAUCAGGCAUGGACUCAGAAAAGGGUAUGAGUUUGCAAGUAGCAUUAAGCACAGACUUAGAAAAGGGUACAGGCACUUCUGGUGGAUCACUAAGACCACGAAUCUUUUGUUUGGAGCAUGCAAUUCAAACAGAAGAGCUUUUGCAGUCCAAAGGUGGAGCAAAUGUGCUUGUGAUCUGCCAUUCCGACUAUCAGAAAAUGAAGGCAUAUGCUGGUGCCAUUGCCGAGGAGAUUGGUGUUUCUUUUAAGUACAAGGAUAUCCCAUUUGACCCUGCUUCAGAAGAAGAUCUAAACUUGAUAGACCUUGCGAUUGAUGACCAGGAAUGCGCUGGUUACAGAGACGAUGACUGGACUUCAAAGCUGGGCAUUAACUUGCGGUAUUGUGUAAAAGCGAGGAAGAAUUCCCCGUCAAAUCGAGUCCAACAUGCCUUAACAUUGGGUGGAUUGUUUUCUGGUGAAAGCCCCUUGACUACUUUUAAUCUUAAAUGGAAGUCCAGGAAAUCUCGCUCGAGGACUAAGGUAGAUAUUUCAGAGAAGUGUGAGCCAUGUGAGAGCCUUCCAAGAAAGGAUUACAAAGUAUUGAAGAGCAAGUUGAACAGUGAUGCUGUCAGAAAGGAAGAAAUAAUUCUUCAAUACACUAGAAGGAAUGCCAAGUUUAAACCUGGUAGUUCUACUGGAAGUAGCAGAAGCCUUGGCCACUAUGAUAAGAAGCCAGUAGAAGUCUCACUUGCCAGUGCUGGAGAAGUACAUCGGAAAUCGAGUAAUCAGACAGACAACACCUGUUGUGGCACGGAAAAUCCUGUAUGCGAAACUGCAGCCCUUGAAGUUCCUGUUGGAUUGGGUGAUGUUAGCCAUGAAAUCCAGGUUCUUGAAGCAACUACUGAUCUGACCUUGGACUUGAUUCCAGCACAAGUUGCAUGUUCACUUGCCAGUGUCGCUACAUACGUGGGAAAUGUUGAAGUGCAGAUCAUAAAUCAAGCUUCAGAGGAGAUGGAGGUAGAGCAACAAACUCUCAGGUCAGCUACAAGUACUUCUCAAAGGCACAGUGAAAAUGAGUUUUCCCAAAUAUUAGGUGGGCAAAAUGAGAUUUUGGUUAGCACGAACUCUUGUUUUCUUACGAUCACCAAAACUGGAGAAAGUCUUGACAUAACAAAAGCGACCAAAACAACAGAAGUUUCAGAUAGUGAUAUUGUCAUCAAUUCAGAAUUUACUGAAGUUCCAAGUGCACCGAGCCCUUCAUCAAGUCUGUGUGCCAAGGUGACUUCAGGUUGUAAAGUGUCUGAGGAAGCAGCAUUCUCAGAAUUGAAAGAUGGUCACGAUGUUCAGGGUAAUGCUGUUGCACAUACAGAAGCAACUCAGCACAGUACUCCAAUGGGACCACAUCCUUGCGUUUGUAGCGGGGGUGAUGAGGAAGAAGAAGAAAUUCGCAGAACGGUCAACCAGUCUGUUCCUCUUCUCAUUGAAGCAUGCACAGGAGCUCCAAAAGGAACCUCUUCAGAAGAACAAGGGAGCAGCUAUGGGAGUUCAUACUGUAAAUCACCGGAAAAGGACCAGACUGCAAAUGCAGCGAGCCUUGAGAACCCUGUAGUUUGUUCUGUUGAAAUUACAGAUCAGCAUAGUGCUGCUUCUGAUAAAGAAUGUUCUCAUGUUCAAAGAGAUUCCAAUGACAACAAAUGGGAGAUGGAUCACGGAGACUCUCCUUAUCAGGAUGAUGGGGAGGCACAAACCAUGGAGUCUACAAAAGUAGGUCAAGUGUCCACAACACGACAGAGAAGGAAGAGAAAGAGUGAGUUGGAGACAAUAGCGGAAGACCAACUUAACUGCAGUGGCUUCAUCAGAAGUCCCUGUGAAGGUUUGAGGCCGAGAGCGGGGAAAGAUGCAACCAAGGGAAGUGACGGCAUCAGCUCAUCAGGAUAUGAAAAUCCUGCCAAGAAGGCUAGGGAAUCGAGAAAAGAAGGCAAACCUAGAAAAGAAAUUGUCACUUUUGACGAUAAAAAAGAGAAGAGGGGUGGCUCUCACAGGUGCGAUAUGGAAGGCUGCCGGAUGAGAUUUAAAACGAGGGCUGAGUUGAUGGUGCACAAAAGGAAUCGGUGCCCAGUUGAAGGGUGUGGAAAGAGGUUCAGCUCCCACAAGUAUGCAGUACUUCACCAGCGCGUCCACGAGGAUGACAGGCCACUCAAAUGCCCGUGGAAAGGUUGCAAUAUGACAUUCAAGUGGGCCUGGGCCAGGACCGAGCACAUACGGGUACACACGGGGGAGCGACCAUACAAGUGUAAGGUGGAAGGGUGCGGGCUCUCUUUUAGGUUCGUGUCGGACUUCAGCCGCCACAGGAGGAAGACGGGUCACUACGUGAGCUGACUUUUUGAUAGCUACAUAAUCCGAGUAGGCAGCAAUGUAUCUGUAAAAUACGUGAAAAUUGGGCAUGGAAUAGGUGAUUCUGCGAGGGCCAAAAAAAUGGCUUCAAGAAUUAGUUCGUAGUUUUUGAGUGUUACAGUAGGAUCGGAAUGGUGACAGAAUAUUCAUGGAGGUAGGUGUAGGAAGUCUGUGAAUUCGGGUGCUCUAGUUAUUCAAGUGCACUGAUUGUUUGAAUCCUUUGUAUCUCCUCAUCUCUAUUGUCAAUUCCACACCAAUUCUAUUUGUUC